CUUACUGAUAUUCUCGUUGACACCCACAUUUAGGUGGCGCUCGGAGCCCGCUUUUACAUGUUCUUCAAUGCCCGACACUCUGCUUGGUCGCAAUGGAAGCGUCCUCUCGGCACCCUUCCAUCCCGGGUCAAGGCAACCCAACAGCUGAUUGAAGUCGACAUCAUCCUGAGAGAACUGGAAGGUCUUCUUGCGCAAUUGUGGGUCUCCGUACCUGCGCAUCUCGACUAGGCUUACGCAAGACUCCAG